AUUAUUAUUACAUUGUUACUAAUUAUAAACUAGUUUCAAUUCUUGGCCUUGCAUUUCAACUUGUUUCAACUUGUCUCAUCUUGUUGAUGCUAUUGCAUCACAACAUUUAGAAGUCGGUAUCAUGUCUAACGUUUUGGCGUGUUACCAACUUCUGGAACUCAAUGUCAUCUCCGCGCAAGACUUGGCUCCGGUGGGCCGCUCUAUGCGGACUUACGCAGUUGCAUGGGUCGACCCAGACCGCAAACUCUCCACUCGGGUUGAUUCACAUGGUGGUAUCAACCCGGCGUGGAAUGAUAAGUUUGUCUUUCGGGUUGACGAUGACUUCUUAAAUGAUGAAAAUUCGAUAAUAACAAUUGACAUAUAUGCCCUUCAUUGGUUCAAAGACAUCCAUGUUGGCACGGCCCUUGUCCUCGCCGACGACAUCAUCCCACCAUCGCGACCUUCUCACAAUAAAAACUACAAACCCCCGGGUAUGAGGUUUGUAGGGCUCCAAGUUCGACGACCCUCAGGUCGUCCGAAAGGGAUUUUAAACGUCGGUGUAGUGGUCAUUGAUAGCUCUAUGAGGAGCAUGCCUCUUUACACACACGACAACACCCCAGCCGUUGGAUAUCAUCAAGAUGAUCAUCAUAAUCAGUCAAGUCAUCAAGCGAUGCCGGAGCUUCGGCGCACAAAGAGCGACACAAGCUCAAUGAUGGGCUCAGAAGUUGUGGAACAUGAAAAAAGAAUCAAGGCUCAAAGGAGAAGAGCAAAUUCCCAAGUUACCCCUUCUGAAGUUAGCACAGACAGCAAGAAAAAAACUAACUCUACGUUGAGCGGCUCAGAUGUGAAGGCUAAGCCAACUACAAAAAAGGGCAAAUUUGGAAAAACAAAGAAAAACUAUUCAAAUGAAAGGGAUAAUAUUAGUUAUGAGUACGAAGUUAAACCCUCGCCGAAACCACAGUUUCAAAACACUCCGGCGAGGACUUAUAAUAAAGGUGGUGUACGAGCCACUCCACUACAUGCAUUCGCUGUAAAUAAUGCAACUAUGGAGUAUAGCACUCCAUACAGAAGUCACAUGGGCCGCCACCGUCCUAUCAUAACGGACUCUGAAUUGGGUCCAUCAGCAUCAGAGGUAGCAGCGGUGGUGGCAAGACAACCUGUGAUGGACGAGGGAGAUAAUUCUACCAUUGGAAGGUGGAGCUUGGACGAGAGUGUUGAAGAAUUGCAACCUAAAAUUGAGAGGUGGCAAACGGAUUUGGCACCGGUGUACGACGGCGGAGAGAUGUCAAGUGUGCCCACAUCUAGCAAGAAGAAAGGGAAGCAUUCACGUAGACGCACGGAAAGCAGCAGCGGCGGCGGCGGUGGUGGUGGAAAUGGUUUGUUCUCUUGCUUUAGUGUUAUUUGUGGUCUUGAAUGCUCCAUAGUCUGCGGUGGCGACAACAAGAAAAGUAGGCUUCGCCGGACUCAAUCGAUUGACGACGAUGCAAGCUUUAUAUGAGAAAAGGGUGUGAAUUAGGAUGCAUGCAUGCAAUGUCGAUUGAACAAUGGAAUUCCCUAAAUUUGUUAUAACUUAUUUUUUAUUCAAUG